AUGCAGAUCUAUUUCACUAAAAAAAUCUUGAUGAUUGCAAAUCUUCCUUCUAAGCAUAAGGCAAUUUCACAUCACUUAUCUGCAUCACAGAUCGUAGAAGCAACAACGUCUAAUCCAUAUGAUUCAAUAUUAAAAUUUUUAAAUUCUUCAAACUUUCCAAGUCGUGCAUCAUUUCCACAAGGCUUUUUGUUUGGUAGCGGGUCUUCUGCCCUACAGAUUGAAGGAGGAUGUAAUGAAGGAGGAAGAGGACUUGGUAUAUGGGAUGAUAUAUUGUUAAUUCAAAAAAGAAUUCUAUCUAUUUUGGAAGAUAACCUCCAAACUUUAGUGCUUCAUUCUAAUCAUUUUUCUUCUUCUUUACAAGCAGAUGUAUAUUUAGAUGUUGAUAAAUUUCCAUUAAAAAUUGAUCAUUACAACCGAUAUAAGAUAGUUAAUAUUUUAAUGAGAAUGAAGGAGGAUGUGCAACAUUUGAAAAAACUUGGAAUAAAUUCUUAUAGAAUGUCAAUUUCUUGGAGUAGAAUAAUGCCGGAUAUUGAACCUUUCGUGGGUAUCAUACACUUCGAUUAUCCAUUAGCUCUUAAGCAAAAGUUUGGAGGCUUCUUAAAUCGCUCAAUUGUAAAAUAUUAUAAGGAUUAUAGUGAACUCUUAUUCAAAACAUAUGGAGAUCGAGUGAAACAUUGGACUACAAUCAAUGAGGCAGAAGUCACAGCUAUAUUUCAUUUCAUGUUCAACCUUGAUAAAGAAAUACAAAGGGGAGAAAUUGGACUUGCUCUUUCAUCAGGAAGAUAUGCUCCCUACAGUUCUAAACUAGAAGAUGUGGUUGCUGCACAAAGACUAAUGGAUUUCUAUUGGGGAUGGAUUUUAGAUCCAGUCUUCCAUGGAGAUUAUCCACAAAUAAUGAAAAACCUAGUGGGGAAUAGGUUGCCUAAAUUCACUAAAAAGGAAAAACACUUGUUAAAAGGAAGCACAAAUUUUAUUGGAAUCAAUUAUUAUACUUCUCAUUUUGCUAGACAUGAACCAAAUAGAACCAAGAUUAUGUUUGACAAUUAUGAUGCUUUAGCUGUUUCAGAAGUUUUUAAUGCAGAAGGAAAAACUCUUGGUUAUAAGGAUCAAUAUAGUGGGAGCAAUGUUUAUCCCGAAGGAUUAUAUAAUAUGUUAGUCUAUAUUAAGAAAAAGUAUAAAAAUCCCAAAAUCUACGUCACUGAAAAUGGUAUUUCUUCUUCAAAAAUUCCAAAUCCUUUGAAGGAUGAACACCGAAUUGCUUAUAUUGCUGCACAUAUAAACGCUACUCAAGCGAUCUAUUUCACUAAAAAAAUCUUGAUGAUUGCAAAUCUUCCUUCUAAGCAUAAGGCAAUUUCACAUCACUUAUCUGCAUCACAGAUCGUAGAAGCAACAACGUCUAAUCCAUAUGAUUCAAUAUUAAAAUUUUUAAAUUCUUCAAACUUUCCAAGUCGUGCAUCAUUUCCACAAGGCUUUUUGUUUGGUAGCGGGUCUUCUGCCCUACAGAUUGAAGGAGGAUGUAAUGAAGGAGGAAGAGGACUUGGUAUAUGGGAUGAUAUAGUUAUACAAAACAAAGAUGUAUAUUUAGAUGUUGAUAAAUUUCCAUUAAAAAUUGAUCAUUACAACCGAUAUAAGGAGGAUGUGCAACAUUUGAAAAAACUUGGAAUAAAUUCUUAUAGAAUGUCAAUUUCUUGGAGUAGAAUAAUGCCGGACGGAACCUUGAAAGGAGGUAUAAAUCAAGAAGGUAUCAACUUUUACAACAAUUUGAUCAAUGAGUUACUCGAAAAUGAUAUUGAACCUUUCGUGGGUAUCAUACACUUCGAUUAUCCAUUAGCUCUUAAGCAAAAGUUUGGAGGCUUCUUAAAUCGCUCAAUUGUAAAAUAUUAUAAGGAUUAUAGUGAACUCUUAUUCAAAACAUAUGGAGAUCGAGUGAAACAUUGGACUACAAUCAAUGAGGCAGAAGUCACAGCUAUAUUUCAUUUCAUGUUCAACCUUGAUAAAGUAUCUACUGAUCAGACAUGCAAAAAUACUAAAAUAUGUACACAAGCAUAUACUCUCCUUCACAACUUCCUCAUUGCUCAUGCUACCACCGCGUCAAAAUUAUACACAACAAAAUUCAAAGAAAUACAAAGGGGAGAAAUUGGACUUGCUCUUUCAUCAGGAAGAUAUGCUCCCUACAGUUCUAAACUAGAAGAUGUGGUUGCUGCACAAAGACUAAUGGAUUUCUAUUGGGGAUGGAUUUUAGAUCCAGUCUUCCAUGGAGAUUAUCCACAAAUAAUGAAAAAGCUAGUGGGGAAUAGGUUGCCUAAAUUCACUAAAAAGGAAAAACACUUGUUAAAAGGAAGCACAAAUUUUAUUGGAAUCAAUUAUUAUACUUCUCAUUUUGCUAGACAUGAACCAAAUAGAACCAAGAUUAUGUUUGACAAUUAUGAUGCUUUAGCUGUUUCAGAAGUUUUUAAUGCAGAAGGAAAAACUCUUGGUUAUAAGGAUCAAUAUAGUGGGAGCAAUGUUUAUCCCGAAGGAUUAUAUAAUAUGUUAGUCUAUAUUAAGAAAAAGUAUAAAAAUCCCAAAAUCUACGUCACUGAAAAUGGUAUUUCUUCUUCAAAAAUUCCAAAUCCUUUGAAGGAUGAACACCGAAUUGCUUAUAUUGCUGCACAUAUAAACGCUACUAAAGCGGCAAUUGAUGAUGGCGUAAAUGUCCAAGGUUAUUUUUUGUGGGCAGCAUUUGAUACAUAUGAAUUUCAAGCAGGCUAUUCUGGAAAUUGGGGUCUUUAUCAUAUUGAUUUUAAUGAUAAUCUCAAACGCCUACCAACGGACACAGCUAAUUGGUACAAGAAAUAUCUCACACAUAAUUUAGAAAACUAA